AUGAUCACCAAUUUUCAGUACAUAAUCACUUACAUCAACACGUAUCUCACAACGAAACUCCCCGAGCUUUCCAUCCUUUCUUCAAUAUUUGUUGGCAUUGAGCACUCAUUUCCGCCAUACCGUAUCCUUUACAUGUACAAGCAUGCGGGUUUCCAUGCCGAGAACUGUGCCUUGAUUCUGAUGCAUUUGAAUCGCUUCACGAGUGUCUGGAUGCCGAUCACGCAUAAUCUGAUUUGGAAACCCCGAAACAUCAAUUUGGCCUUUCUCUUCAUUUUCCUCUUUGCAAAUGCGAUCAACUUUCAAAAUCUCCUAGUCACUGUGCCGAUUUUUGUCGAAUCUGGUGGAUACGCUGUUUGGAACUUGGCACCACUUGCUGAGCAAAUCCCCUUCACGUGGUUGAUGUUACGUGUUGCCGGAUACGUGUAUCCAUUGCUUUCUUUACUAAUUAAUAUCGGCAUUUUCGCUAAACUCUUCAUUCUGCGAUUCUCGGGAUCUAGUUUCACCACCGGCAACACAGUCGAAAUCCACCUUCUAUUGAUCUGUGUGGCGAGUCUUUGUAUGCAAAUUGGGCUCAUGGUUUUUGUGGUUGGUGAUUUUUCUUCC